AUGCGUGGAUCAAAGGGUGAGCCGACCGGAAGUCUCGGCACGUUUGGUGUGAAGAGCGGCUUGGCACAGAUGCUGAAAGGUGGCGUGAUUAUGGACGUCGUUAAUGCGGAGCAGGCGCGCAUUGCUGAAGAGGCAGGUGCUUGUGCCGUGAUGGCGCUUGAGCGUGUCCCUGCCGACAUUCGCGUUCAAGGUGGUGUUGCGCGUAUGUCCGAUCCCAAGAUGAUCCAGGAGAUCAUUGACUCUGUCACUAUCCCAGUGAUGGCCAAGUGUCGUAUCGGCCACUUUGUCGAGGCUCAGGUUCUCCAAGCUGUGAACGUGGACUACAUUGAUGAGAGCGAGGUGCUUACUCCCGCGGACGAUGAGCACCAUAUUAAUAAGCACAAUUUCAAGGUGCCGUUUGUCUGUGGCUGCCGCAAUCUCGGCGAGGCGCUGCGCCGCAUUAGCGAGGGUGCUGCCAUGAUCCGUACAAAAGGAGAGGCUGGCACUGGAAACGUUGUCGAAGCCGUGCGCCAUCAACGCACGGUGCAGGCGCAGAUUCGACGCGCCGCAAGUAUGAGCGACGACGAACUGUACGCGUACGCGCGCGAGAUUCAGGCUCCCUUCCAUUUAUUGAAGGAAACCGCUCGCCUGAAACGCCUUCCUGUGGUCAACUUUGCUGCGGGCGGUCUUGCAACCCCAGCGGACGCUGCGCUUAUGAUGCAGUUGGGCAGCGACGGUGUAUUUGUCGGCUCCGGUAUCUUUAAGGGCCAUAAUCAGGCGGCGCGUGCCAAGGCCAUUGUGCAAGCCGUUGCGCAUUACAACGAUCCUGCCAAGCUUGCAGAGGUGUCCACUGAUCUUGGAGAAGCCAUGGUCGGUCUCACCAUCUCUGACGACAUGCGAGGCGGCAAAUUGGCUGCGCGUGGCUCGUAA